GACACGCUUCUCGACCGGGGGGACCCUCGGUGCACACCUGCCCAGCGCAUCUCGGGCGGUUCCGCCCACUCAGCCGUGGGUUUCUGCAAGCUAACAGCGCAAAAUUUCGAGGGGCCAUCGGAUCCCCGCUGGGGGUGGAGGGAGGACAGGCUACAGGUGCAGGGUCGACGGGCAGGGACCGGAGAAAAACUUUAGUUACCGAGAUCUGCUGAGAAGCAGGGACCUGCGCAGUGCCCGGGCCAGGUGCGGCCGUUCGGGCGGCGCCUCUUUCCUUCCCCGCCCCAGGCCGACCUGGCCCCGCCGAGCCGCGCAGAGGUGCAGGGGCGGGGCGACCUUUGCUCGGUCCGAGUCCCGCAGGGCCGCGCAGCUUCCUGCUCGCCACUCCAGCCCCUCCCACCCGGACGGGUUUGGCCGCGGCUGCCGCCACCUCUGCGCGCCGGCAUCUCGGGCCCAGGUUUCGAUCAGACUUGCCCGCGAGCUGGUUUCGAUUAGGCGGCUGGGCGGGAGGUAGGGCGGAGCGGCCGGGACGCGGGGGGCAAACUAGGGACGGGUAGCGGAGCGCAGACGGCCCCGCGCCGGAGACAAAGAGCGGCCGGAGGAGAGCCGGGCGCAGGACUCCGGGCGUGGCGGCGACGAGCGUGUGGACUUCAGGGAGCCGGAGUCUGGAGCGCUCUCCGGGGGCGCAAGGGCUCGAGAUAGCAAGCCGGCGGCGGAGGCGGAGGAGUAGGCAGGUGCGCCGUCCAGGAUGAGGACGCCGGUGGUGAUGAUUCUGGGCAUGGUGCUCGCACCCUGCGGGCUGCUGCUCACCCUGACCGGCACGCUGACGCCCGGCUGGAGACUGGUGAAGGGCUUCCUUGACCAGCCGGUGGACUUGGUGCUGUACCAGGGCCUGUGGGACAUAUGCCGCGAGCAGAGCAGCAGCGAGCGCCAGUGCGGUCAGCCAGACGACUUGAGCUACUUCGCCGCCGAGCCCGUGCGGGUGGCGCGGGGACUCAUGAUCACGUCGCUGGCCGCCACGGCCCUGGGGCUACUGCUGGCGACGGUCGGCGUGCGCUGCUGGCAGGACGAGCCCCACUUCGCGCUGGCCGGCCUCUCCGGCGUCGUGCUUUUCGCCGCGGGCCUCUUGAGCCUCAUCCCAGUCUCCUGGUACAACCACUUCUUGGCGGAUCGCGCCGUCCUGCCUGCCCAGUCCAGCCCGGUCACCGUGCAGGUCGGCUACAGCCUGGUGCUGGGCUACCUGGGCAGCUGCCUGCUGCUGCUGGGCGGCUUCUCGCUGGCGCUCAGCUUCGCGCCUUGGUGCGCCGAGCGCUGUCGCAGCUGCCAGAAGGCGCCUCCAGGCAGGGCGCGCCGCAGCAGCAUCAGCACCGUGUACGUCGACUGGCCGGAGCCCGCGCUCACGCCGGCCAUCAAGUACUACAGCGACGGCCAGCACCGGCCGCGGCCCGUCCAGCUCGGCGCCGCCAGCCAGCGCAAGGCCGGCUUCCCGAUGCCCCGGCCGCCGCCCAAGGCCUACAGCAACCCGGUGGAAGUGCUCGAUGGGGAGAAGGCUCCCGAAUCCCACCACGGCGGGUCCUCCCGCAGCAGCCGGUCAUGCGGCAGCACGCUGCCCUGCGACUCCGACCUGUAGGCGGCGCCCCCAGCCUGCUCUGGCCGGGCCCUGUCUGGAUGAAGGACUCGCCCCACCACGGUCCAACCUUGAACUUGGCUGUUACCUUUCAGCUGGAAACACCUGGCUCGGAGUCGGACCCCCGGACACAUUCCUGUAACUGGUUUGGAGGGCGAUCUUCCUUUCCUAGCCAAACUCGACUCCUUGGACGAUUAGUUCAGGUUGGGUUUGGGUUUCUUUUUACAGAGUUUAGUGUUUCUCCCCCGAGGGAUCAGGGCCCUCUUCUGGACGACAGCCUUUUCAUACUUUUAGCUGGAGACAUAGGAAGGGUGACUUUGCAUCCUGCUGAUAAUAACAAUGUCAGAAUCAGCAAAUGGAGGCUCAAAACCGAUUUAACAUCUCCAAACAACAUUCUGAAAUGCUGAUGAACCUUGCAUCAAUAUAAUUAUUAUUAAUUUAUUUUCUGCUGCAUAAUUCAUUUUCACACAAACUGUCAAGAGACCGGUACCUUUCUGGUUAUAUUUGAAUGGGGCUGUUAAAAUAAACAUAGAGCCAUGCAAAUACCAGCAGCUUUAGUGGCUUUUAUGGAAUGAAAUAACCUGAUUAACUCAUAUUUACAUUUCUUCAUGUAUAAAUAGGAUCUAUCAUUUUUAUCACUUAUUUUUGGUGUGAAAGGUGAGGUCACUGCAGAGUUUCUCUUCUAGAAGCCAGAAGGAGAAUGAAGGGACUGAUGCUGUAUUGUUCUAUUUCUUGGCUACCUCACCCUGGACAUUAAAGACUAUAUAUUAAAUAUUUAGAACAAAAUGGAACCUGUUAAUCAC